CAAUCCCGAGAGAAAGAGAAAAGAGAGGGAUCGGUUGAAAAGUCACUGAGGAUCCCGCUUCUUGAAGGAUUCCUGGUGGUGUGAGGGUGUCUUUCAAGCCGGGAAGAGAAGGGAGAGCAGAGAGCCCGAGGAUCCUUUGAGCCCGGGAAGCGAACCUAAGCGGUGUCCUAAGGUGACACUGAAAAUGGAGGAAGAAAAACAAGAUGAGGAAGACCUCCCGGCAGCCCGUCCCCAGGGCUCUGAGGAAAGCAAGAUCUUGCCAGAGUUCCCUGACGUGAGGAUAAAGGAAGAGGAGGAAGCUUGGGCCCUGAAUCAUCAGACUUCUGAGGAAAACAAGACUUCCCCAACUGCCCAGUCAGGAUUCCCUGAAGUACUGGUAAAGAUGGAAGACGAACCUGAUAGUGAAGGCCUGGAGGAAAACAAGGCUGUUGGAGCUUCUUGCUCAGGGCUUCCUGCGGUGACUGUGAAGGUGGAAGAAGAAGAGGAGGAGCCCUGGGAGUCAGAUCAUCAAGGCUGUGAGGAAGGAUUUACUGGUGUGGUAAUAAAGGUGGAACCAGAAGAGGAGCCCUGGCUCUCCAGUCUCCAGACAUCUCAGAGAAGUGCGGCUGUCUCAGGAGUCCAGCCAGGCAAUGGCUAUGCCAAAGAAGAGGAGGAUUUUCUGCCUGGGAGUGUGAAGCACGUGGAGCCCACGAGGGCACCAUCCUUUACGAUGGCCAGAGGGAGCGUUUUCCGGAGAGCCAAUCAGUACAGAGCAGAAAGGCCGCAGGGGAGCCAGGCAGGGAAGAGAGUUUGCAAGAAGCCCUACAAAUGCUCCAACUACGGGAAGGCCUUCGUCUGGAGGAAAUACUUCCUCGCCCAGGAGCGAGGCCACGCGGGAGAGAAACCGUACGCGUGCUCGCAUUGCGGGAAAACCUUCAACGGCCGCUCGUACCUCCUCGCUCACGAGAGAACCCACACAGGGGAGAAGCCCCACAAGUGCUCGCUCUGCGGGAAGAGCUUCAAUGUUAGGUCCUACCUCAUCGCUCACUGGAGAACCCACACGGGGGAGAAGCCCCACAUUUGCUCGUUCUGCGGAAAGCGCUUUAGCGGGAGGUCCAACCUCAACCGGCACCAGAGGAGCCACACGGGGGAGAAGCCUUACACCUGCUCCGCGUGCGGCAGGGGCUUCAGCCACAAAGCGCACAUGAUCCGCCACGAGAGGAUCCACACGGGCGAGAAGCCCUACAAGUGCUCGCGGUGCCCAAAGAGCUUCAGCCAGAGCUCCACCCUCAUCUCCCACGAGAGGACGCACACGGAGAAGCCCUACAAGUGCUCCCACUGCGAGAAGAGCUUCGGCCAGAGCGCCAAGCUGGCCGCGCACGAGAGGAGCCACACGGGCGAAAAGCCGUACGAGUGCCCGGCUUGCGGGAAGGGCUUCAACCACCGCUCGGACUACGUCAUCCACGAGAGGACCCACACGGGCGACAAGCCAUACGCCUGCGCCAUCUGCGGGAAAGGGUUCAGCGGGAGGUCCAACCUUACCAGGCACGAGAGGAGCCACACCGGGGAGAAGCCGUACCUCUGUUCGGUGUGCGGGAAGGGCUUCUGCCACAAGGCCCACCUCCUCCGCCACGAGAAGAUCCACACGGGGGAAAAGCCCUACAAGUGCCCCAGCUGCGGCGAGAGCUUCAAGCACAGGACGGACCUCAUUGGCCACCAGAGGAGCCACUCGGGGGUCAAGCAGUACACCUGCACGGCCUGCGGCAAGAGCUUCAGCGGGAAGUCGAACCUUAACAGGCACAAGAGAAGCCACACGGGAGAGAAGCCCUACACCUGCCUGGUCUGCGGCAGGAGCUUCAGCCACAAAGCACACCUGAUUAGGCACGAGAGGAUCCACACCGGGGAGAAGCCCUACAAGUGCUCACACUGCAUGAAAAGCUUCAAUCAGAGUUCUACCCUUACUGCUCACGAGAGAACCCACACGGCAGGGAGGCCGUACAAAAGCUGAGCUCGGACACUGCAGGCGUCUGUCCCGGAGUACAGAUCCUAACGGGAUUGUGAAGUGAUGUGUGCGUGAUGUGCUUUUAAAGUUUGUGUGUCGCCUGAGUCAACUUUCAGGCAAAGAGGA